AUGCAGGAGUCAAGCGGAAGAACAAAGAGGAAGAUACGAUGGAGCAAGCUGUACACAUUCUCGUGCUUCCGGCCCCCCAAUGCCGAUCCAGUUCCCAUCAAAAGCCUUAUAGGACGGCCGGGAUUCUCGCGGGUUGUUUUCUGCAACGAGCCUCAUCUGGAUAGAAUGAAACCUCACAAGUACCCAACCAAUUACGUAUCCACGACCAAGUACAACGUGUUGACGUUCCUCCCAAGGUCACUCUUCGAGCAGUUUCGAAGAGUGGCCAAUCUUUAUUUCCUGCUGGCAGCAGUAUUGUCCCUCACCUCGUUGGCUCCUUUCACUCCGCCAAGUCUGAUUAUCCCUCUCGUUUUUGUGGUUGGGAUCAGCAUGCUCAAGGAGGCGAUAGAAGAUUGGCACAGGUUCUUGCAGGAUUUGGAAGUGAACUCCCGUUUCGUGAAGACUCACAUAGGAGAUGGUGUCUUUGUCGAAAAACCGUGGCAACAAGUCUCCGUCGGGGAUGUUGUUAAAGUACAGAAGGAUCAGUAUUUUCCCAGUGACCUCCUUUUACUCUCUUCAAGCUAUGAGGACGGCGUUUGCUAUGUUGAGACUAUGAAUCUCGAUGGAGAAACCAAUCUGAAAGCUAAGAGAUGCAUAGAAGCCACUCUCAGUUUAAAUGAGGACGACACCAUGAGUAAAUUCAAAGCUACUAUUUACUGUGAGGACCCGAAUCCGAAUUUGUAUUCGUUCGUUGGAAACUUGGAAUUUGAGAAUGAAUCGCACCCUUUGUGCCCUGCACAAGUGCUUCUGAGAGAUUCCAAACUACGGAACACAGAGUACAUAUAUGGAGUCGUCAUUUUCACUGGACCUGACACGAAGGCAGUAAGGAACUCCAUGAAGUCGCCCUCUAAACGUAGCCGGAUUGAGAGGAAGAUGGAUCGUGUCAUCUACAUUCUUUUCUCGAUGCUUGUUUUAAUUUCACUGGUGACGUCUAUUGCUUCUGCAUUGCUUGUCAGUUCCCAGAUGACGAGUUGGUGGUACCUCCGUUUACAAGACGAAGAUCUAUUCUUUAAUCCGUCAAAACCAGUAUUGUCGAUAAUUAUGCAAUUCAUAAGGGCUCUGGUGCUGUAUGGCUAUUUGAUUCCUAUUUCUCUCUAUGUGUCCAUUGAAGUGGUAAAAGUACUUCAAGCUGUCCUCAUUAACAAGGAUAUACAAAUGUUCGAUGAAGCGACAUGCCAGUCGGUCCGAGCCCGCACUUCGAAUUUGAACGAGGAGCUCGGUCAGGUAUCAAUCAUCUUAUCAGAUAAAACGGGGACUUUGACCUGUAACCAGAUGGAAUUUAGGAAAUGCUCCAUUGCAGGAGUCUCGUAUGGUGGCGACUUGAAUGAAGUGGAUCUAGCCGCUUCUCAAACGAUGAAUUCGGAUAUGGUUGCAUGCAGGUCUAGUGUCGAUGAAUCUGAUGCAACGAGCCAAAGCAUCGAGAUCUGUGAAUUCCCCGCAGACGACAUUGGCACUCAGAUGGGUUAUAUAGGUGCUCCAGAAUAUUUAGAGAGUCAAAACUUGAAAAACCCGAAAACUUUGGAUGUUCACGGAGAAUAUUCCAUUAAGGGCUUUAACUUCAGGGAUGGCAGGCUGAUGGAUGGGCGAUGGACUCGCAAUUCCCACGUGUUCGACAUAACAAUGUUCUUCAGAGUGAUGGCUCUGUGUCACACCGGCAUACCCACUACAGACGAUCGAGCUGACAAGUUGAAGUUUGAGGCAGAGUCGCCAGAGGAAGUCGCUUUCUUGAUAACCUCUCAGGAAUUCGGCGUACAGUUCUGCAAGAGGACACAAUCAGUUAUGGUUCUCAAGGAACUCGACCCAGACUCGGGAAGCGUCGUGGAAAGGGAGUACAAGCUUUUGAACCUGUUGGAGUUCAGUAGUUCUCGCAAGCGGAUGUCCGUGAUUGUGAGCACCGAAGAUGGUCAAAUCUUUCUUUUGUGCAAAGGAGCGGACAGCAUCAUUUUUGAGAGGCUCGCUGACAAUGGGAGGUCAUACCAGGAGGCGACAAGUUCACACCUUUCAUGUUACGCUGAAGAUGGUUUUCGAACUCUGGCCUUUGGUUAUCGUACUGUCGAAAGGGCCGAGUACGAACACUGGAACUCAAUAUUCACGAAAGCCAAGACCACCGUGGGUCCUGAAAGGGAUGAAUUACUGGAGAGUGCAUCUGAAAUGAUCGAAAAGGACUUGAUUCUGUUGGGGGUUGCCGCUGUCGAGGACAAGUUACAAAAAGGGGUUCCAGAAUGCAUAGAUAAACUCGCUCAAGCAGGCUUGAAGAUUUGGCUGCUUACCGGUGACAAGAAGGAGACUGCAAUCAACAUUGGAUUCGCGUGUAGCUUGCUUCGACAAGAUAUCAAACAGUUUCAUUUGAGUUCUGUCAAGGACUUGGGACGCAGCAACCAAUCGGAGGCGGCGAAAAAAGAUUUAGUAAGCCAAAUCGAAAGCUUUUCUCAAGAAAUACACGAAGAGCACGACAAGCACAUGCCCUUUGCUCUGGUGGUGGACGGGCAGGCCCUCGAGAUUGCUUUGAGAAGCGAUGUGAAGGAUCAAUUCUUACGGUUGGCUGUCGAGUGUGCUUCUGUCAUAUGCUGCCGCGUGUCACCGAAACAGAAAGCCCUCAUCACCCGAUUGGUGAAGGAGUUCACCGGCAAGACUACCCUGGCAAUAGGAGACGGCGCAAAUGAUGCCGUCAUGGCUAGCGACUUCUCGUUGCCCCAAUUCCGGUUCCUCGAGCGACUCCUGAUCGUGCAUGGACAUUGGUGUUACAAGAGAAUCUCUAAGAUGAUCCUUUACUUCAUAUACAAGAAUAUUGUGUUCGGCUUGACGCUAUUCUACUACGAGUUCUACACAUCGUUCUCCGGCCAGGUACUGUAUGACGAUUGGUAUAUGACGGCAUUCAACGUCCUGUUGACAUCGUUGCCAGUCAUAUCCUUGGGAGUUCUUGAGCAGGACGUUCCAUCAGAUGUGUGUCACCAGUUUCCUGCCCUUUAUCAACAGGGUCAAAGAGGCAUAUGCUUCUCUUGGAAGAGAAUCAUCGGAUGGAUACUUAAUGGCGCAGUUGCUUCCUUGAUCAUCUUCCUCUUAACCAUACACGCACUCUCUUCAGUCGCCUUUUCUGGGAAGGGCAACGCCGCUGACAUGGCACACCUCGGCACGAUCACAUACACAUGCGUGAUAUGGACAGUAAAUUGCCAAAUUGCCCUCAUAAUCAGUCACUUCACUUGGAUCCAGCACCUGUUCAUCUGGGGAAGCAUAUUGCUGUGGUACAUUUUCCUGCUUGUAUAUGGCGCGCUCCCUCCCUCCUACUCGAAAACGGGAUUUCAUGUGCUGACUGAGGCCAUUGGAGGCUCUCCUAGCUUUUGGAUCAUCACACUGCUUGUGGUCGUUGCGUCACUGCUUCCAUACUUCGUUUACAUGGUCCUGCAAAGGACAUUUUACCCAUUGGACGACCACGUGAUCCAAGAGAUGAAGCACCGCAAAAAGGACGUCAUCGACAAGCAGAUGUGGUUGAGAGAGCAGCAAAACUCAAAUAGGACGACACAAGUCGGGUUCUCAGCCAGAGUCGACGCGAAAAUACAUCAUCUGAAGGAAGCUAUACAGCGGAGGAGAGCAUCAAUCUACAAGUCAUUCACCAACAGCCCUAUCUACAGGACACUGCGAAGUAGCCCAUUGUUCCAAUAG